UCUCAGUUCAUAGUGAUGUUUCGCAUUGUUUUUAUUUUUAAUUUUUUCUUUAUCAUCAAUACAAUGAAAAAUAUAUUAUAAUUCGCUGAAUAAUUAAUUAAUCGUGAACAAUCUGUACAUAAAUUACUACAAUUAGUUUGAUUAUCGUUAUUGUUGGUAUUAAAUUAGUGUUAUGUAUACAAUUUAAAAAAAGUAUCAUUAAUAAUAGAAACACUAAUCAAACAAUCGCUAAUGGAUGGAUCAGUAUUGGUGUGGAACAAAGAUUCGCAUUUCAUGUCAAUGCUUUCAAUUUCUACAUAGUAUUUAUCGACUCAUUAGCAUUGGCUGACUUGAGAACUCACGUUCUAAUGUCAUCAAGAUAUAUAUCUACAUGUACAUAUAUGUACCAAGUUAUUGAAAAAAUUUAUUAAAGAAAUGUAUUGUUGAUAAUGUCGUUGAGUAAACAUCUAUCAAACGCGUACCAUCAGCUCAACUGACAGCAGGAUAUUCAAGUGAGAGUGAGAAGAAAAGGUUUCUGAAUGUAUAUAAGUUGGUUAAAACUGAAAUAAUCAAGGUGUUGAAAUAAGAAAACGUUGAAUAAAAAAACGUGAUUUUAAUCGAACAUUUGGACUUAAAAAGAUCCCACUAUGGGUGGGGCCGCUACGAUUCGAGCAGUUAUACCAAGUGAACACAAGUGAGAGACGUAGAGAGACGCAAAACGGUCCCUCUACUUCGUGUUUUCGUUCACAAGCAUUCACCAGAGAAACACAGCAAUCGUAGCCAUCAUUGCUCUACACAACGCGGGGGUGUUUGUCUCACUUUUCAGCAACAUGACGUCGCUCUGAACUUACUCAUCAAUUGGUUGCUGUUGGCCCUCGGCAGCAGCUGAAUCAGAGAAUUGAGUGAGAGGGCAACGUAAGACUCAACUAUAACAUCGGGGUUGUUACCACGACUCCAACGAUUAAGUGAGACAUACCGCAGCGAAUCAAGGGCCAUACAGACUAGCCCUGAUAUAUCUUAAGAAUAUAAGAGAGAAGUAGAGUCAGGAGAAAAUGAAUGGUCCGGGUAAUCAUCAACAUCGGGGCUUAAGUAUGCAGGGCCGAUAUAGGAACGUUGUCGGGGGAGGCUCAGCAUCAGGGCCGUUGGCUCGUUCUGCACCGACCCACAGCCGUUCCAGCUGGCAUUCACUCAAUCAGCAUUCCCAACACAACCAGCUUAACUCACAGUACAAGGAGUACCCCUAUCGUCAAGGAUCGUCAGCACGAUAUCACAAUGGGGAUUGUCCUGGGGUUAGUACGUCCUCGGCUCCUACGGGUAAGGAGGUUUCCUAUCACAGUACUCCAGGCGGGGCCAAUGUAGGAUACAAAGCAAGUUCUCAGCAGCACAAUCUAUCGUCACGUGGACCUGCACAACCUACACCCCCAACUGCAUCGAUACAGCCACCUUCUUCUCACUUUAGUCAGGAUCAAGGUGGUCAUCAGCCAAAUUCACCUCCACUUAGGAUCAAUAUUUGUGGUCAAGAAAAUACCAUGAGAGGGCCUUUGAUGAAUUUAAGUCCCAACUUAAAUGGCAAUGGAGUGGACAUAGAAUAUAGACGCUCAUCUCAAGCCACUAAUCAACUUGCUCAUAGUCCUGUCCAAUUGCAAACAUCACCGGCAUAUUAUAGACAAAGUAAUCAAGAUGAUGGAAGAAAAAGUGAAUCACCUUCGAGAAAACGACGAAGGAUAUCUCGAAAUGGUUCUGUGCCUGGUUUGGAAGUUCCUGAGCCGACGUCAUCAGUUCAAACACCGCCAUUACAUACAAAUCAAGCACCAUGGGAGCUAACUCAAGUGCCACAAAGGCGAUCGCCACGUAAUCAUAUGAGUACUCGUGGUAGUCCGCCAAUCAGAAAUCGUUAUCCUCGUUAUACUGAUUCAUUUACUCUUUCGUAUCCAUUUAUACCUGGAAUGCAUAAUUCUCAUCCAACAAUCCAUAAUUCUCAUCACUCAAUCCAUGGUGGACACCACAAUAUUCACAACUCCCAUCAUAAUAUUCAUAAUUCUCAUCAUAGUAUCCACAAUUCUCAUCACAACAUUCAUAAUGGACACCAAAAUCAUUCUCAUCAUCCUGUUGGUACUGGACAUCAUCCUACUCAAGGAUCUAACGGUCCUGUUGUUGUUGAAGUCGGCCAAGUUGGUGUAUCAGGUUUAGGAGUUACUGUCAGUGGUGAACCACUUUGGCAUCCGCAAGCUACUGGCUAUCGUAUUCCAUGCCAACUUCAUGGAAUUUAUGCUCCAACUGGUGCUCAUGCAUUUGCUCACUCCUGUCAGGUGACGCAUCAUCAUCAUCAUGGGCAUUAUCCACCCGGACAUCCAGGACACCCUGGACAUAGUUUAAUUAAUACAACACCAAGAGGAUAUCCAACACCACCAGGUGGACCCGUUGCUGCUCUUCAUCCACAUCCUCAUCCUCAUCCACCACCUCCACCUGUUCAUACUACUCAUUAUCCAGCUCACCACCAAUUAUCUCAACAGCGAGAGGUAGAAUUAGAAUUAAUAGACGGACCUCACCUCCAUCAUCGAGUGGGCAAUGGUGGUCCACCACUUGCUCUACCACACUCAUACUCACCUCCAGCUCUUGCUCAAGUACCAACACCACCACCACUAUUUUUAUCUGAAACACGCAAUAAUCAACUAGAACUUCUUCAGUCACGAUCUCGACGUGCUGCAUCUAAUGUACGACGUCAACGAGCAAAUAGAUGGCGAGGAACACCACCUCUACCUCCUACCGGCUAUCCUGGACUUUUAUUACAUUUCUUAGCAAUGUUUAGCAAUCCACCAUUAUCACCGUAUAGUCAAGCGGAGUUAUCUUCACCCGAAUCUGCUGAAACAGAAAAUUACGAAGCAUUACUAUCGCUUGCUGAAAGAUUAGGUGAAGCUAAGCCUCGGGGAUUAACACGGGCCGAGGUGGAGCAGUUACCUUCGUACAAAUUCAACCCUGAUACACAUCAAGGAGAUCAAACAAAUUGCGUUGUUUGUAUGUGCGAUUUUGAACAGCCACAAUCAUUGAGAGUAUUGCCUUGUUCACACGAAUUCCACGCGAAAUGUAUUGAUAAAUGGUUAAAAUCAAAUAGAACUUGCCCAAUUUGUCGUGGAGAUGCAGGGGAUUACUUCGGUAAUAGUGGCACAACUAAUGAUUGACCUAGGAUUCUAAAUAUUCUUUAACGCUAGCAAUCAUCGAGAUUACGGGUGCCUAUUUUCCUGCUCUUGGUAUGUGCUAAUUCAUGCGGUUUAUCGAUCACCAUCACAUCAUUCCUCCGUCCGUUUUCAAUCGUAAAACGUCGAUUAUAUUUGAAAAAUUCAUCACCUUUGUUUAAUCUCGUUUUGCAUUUUUCCAUUACUAGAAACAAAUUUAACAAAUAAUUUCUUUAAAAAGUAUGUUAUGAUAUUUAGUUGAAUUGAAUUACAAAAAGAAAAAAAAAUGGUUAAUUGAUUUUAGUUGUUUGUUAUUUAGGAAAAAAAUUUUUUUAGUUAGGAAUAAUAAUAAAUUGGUAGUUGGAAUUAUUUUAUAAAAUUCAGCUUUCAAGAACCCUGAAAAGCCCAUUUUAUUUUUUCCACUUGUCAUUUGUACAUAAAUAUCUACGUUCAUAUGAUAAAUACAGGUAAUACUACCAAAUAGGAUUGUAUGUUUGUGAAUAUGUGAAUUAAUUGAAUGAAUGUAUAUAUGAAUAUCAUUUAUAGCUGUGAAUUUUCCUCAGCAUUAGUAUUUCAAUAAUUUGCUUUGUAAACUGGAUAACAUUAAUAAUACAAUACGUAUUAUGAAUUUUAUAUUAUUGACACUCUUAAUGAGAAUGCGUGACACCUUAGGCCAUCUAUUUUGAAGAAAAAAAA